AUGAUUCUAAAGAUAUCUUCGCCGUUCAAGUUUCGCGUCGAUCCCGGUUCCUGCUCGAUCAUUCUCGCGCCCUCCAGCGGUGCGAUACUCGCGCGGCCUCCAAAUCUGUCGAUACCAUCCCCUGUUUAUUUUGGGAGGUCUGUGCCGUCUGACAAUUUACCUCACCUUGCGACCCUCGAAACCCUCGCCUCGUCACGACCUGGGAUCUCCUCCGAGUCGGUUAAAAUGGACGAUAACCUCGUUUACGAGGAAAAGGACAUCUCUAAGAGAUGGCCUGAUACCAUCUACAGGACCUCAGAUAUGUUUUGUCCUCCGGAUAAGAAGACUGAAUCCCUCGAACAGCUCGAAAAGAAGCGAGCCCGAUGCUCCCGACUGCUGAAGGAACCCAAGGCUCGAGUCUGGGAUGAAAAUGAAGACCCAUCCACCCGUGGCGGUAAACGCCUCUACGAUAAACUGCCCACUUUCACCCCUGAGGGACAGUAUAUCCUUCCCCCGAAGGGGGGUAACAUUCUCCUCUCCGAUCUCAAUGUCGCCAUGGUCAUCAACAACUGUGGUGUACGAGUCCGCUCCAAGCAUUGGCCGGCGAUUUUCGAUAAGAGCGGCGAUAUAAAGCCAGAUCGGGUCCCUGAGGACCCAGCUCCGUUUGCCUUUGCCCAUGGGCUGCCGCAUAUUCCCGUUUUCCGCGGAUAUUACCUUCUCUGUGGGCGGGAGAUGGCGACAAAAAUCACUACAUGGCAGCUGUCCGAGAAAACCCUCCAGUCCCGAACUCCCAUGGCUCUCCUCCUUGGUGUGGUUAUCGCACCGCCCUAUUUCAUGGCUUCCCCUCUUGAGAAAAAGCGGGAGAUCAAUGCCUUUGAAAAGGGUGCCAAGAUUCUACAUGGCCUUCGCCAUGACUAUCUGACGUUGUUCUUUGACCCCGAAAGUAACAAUUAUGAGUGUCAACCACUCUACGAGUUUCCUGGAUAUCGAGCCAGGCUUUCAGAGAACUUCGACCAUUAUGUCAAACCAAUGAGACUUUCGGUGGAGAAACUCGCAGCCAAUCUUAAGCUCCCAUACGCACGGAACCACCGCGUUGUUAUCAAAGGCUCUCGCGAGGCUCGGGAGACUCCUUCACCUACUGGAUCGGAUUCGCCUCCACUCACUUCCCCAACCCGAAGUGAGUACAACGGGGAAGAUCCCCUCACCAUGACCACCUCCCCUUCGGUCACCGGUGCUUUGCCAGAAGGUUUCCCCGACUUCCACUUCCACAAUGAGAUCAGCGACAAUCUCGAAAGUGGUAGCGAUGACGAAGAUCAGUCUCAGGAUAGCGAGGUGGAUGACGAACGUGCCCUGAGGAGACUAAAGAAGCUCAAGAAGUACAAGGAUAUCGUCCACGCGCAAAAUCCGACGUACAAGCCACAAACCAAGUUGGCAAAGAAUCUUGAGAAAGUCACCCAAAGCAUCAUCGAUCGAUGCAAGAGCGUCGACGGCCCUACCCUGGCCAUCAUGCAGAUGGGCUUUGAGUUGGCCCACGACAUCGAAAAAUUCAAGCAGGGUGUUGUGGCCUUCGAAGAAGAGGCUCGAAACGGCCCUCCCUUGAUCCCAUUCUUGCAGGAUAAGAUCAACAAGCGGGUCAGUCGGUCCAAGCGUGUUCUCCCAAGCCUGGAUAAGGUCGUCGAUUUCCUACACAGCAGCCCCGAGCAGACUGCUGUCGAAAAACUUUCGGUCAAUCUUCAGUCUCUGAAGCGCAAGGCGCCGGAUGAGGACGAGGAGCGGCGGUGUCGUGCGCGGCACGAGUGA